CAAGUUGGCUCCGCUGUGGGGGAUCCGGCUGUGCCGAGCGACCGGGGUCUCCUGAGCCUCCCGCCCGCCGCCGGCUCCGGGCCCCCCGCUGCUCUGGGACCUAGGCGGGCCCGCGCCCUGUACCCGGUAGGGCCGCGGCUCGGGGGAGGGGCCUGGGUCCUGCACCGCCCCCGAGCAGCCCCGGGAGCGGGGCUCGGAGCGCCGGGGAGGCCGGGCAGAAAUGUCAUUCCCGGGAGUGUGCAGGAAACCCUAGAGAACUGUAAUGUCUAAGCCUACACGGAGUGACAACUCUAAGACGCUAGCUUUCUCUGCUGCUUGAUCCUGCAGUGAUGCCAUAAUGCUGAAUUUUGGACAGCCCUCAUCAUUACCAUGGCAACAGACUGAUGUCACAGACUCAAGGACAUGACUUCAAUGCAUGAUCAUGCAGAGGCAGAACCUGGUUUGUGAAGGAGAAAGCUGACUAACAGACACCUGAAAAGCAAGCAAGGGGAAGCAAGGUGUUUCAGUUUGAAAACCUCCCUUUUUAAAAGGCAAAUAUGAAUCUGGUCACAUCUUAGAGACGGGAAUGUUCUGCAUGGAUGGAUGGACGUUCUUAGAAUCGAUAUGCUGACAUUUCACAGCACAAUCACCUCCAAGAGCAGGAAGCCGUAGAAUAGUAAUAACCAAGGAGAAUUAUCGGCUCAAUCGGGAGACGUGGACUGAGUACCUAGUCUCCAGCUUCAGGGGACAGAAAGUAUCAUGAGACCAGGGGCUUCACAUUGCUCUGCAAUGACCAAUCCAAGAGUAACAUUCAUGGGCUAUGAAGAGUCCUGUCAGCCUUCAUCCAGUUUCUAGGUGGCAGAGAGACAGUGAAACACUGUGUGGGGCAAGAAAAGCGCUUGCGGGAGCCUGCAUGUAAACAAAGAUGGAUUGGCUGUGACCGCGUGCCUUAGGUGGGGAGAUCGGUAGUAUGAAGACUUCCUACAGAGCUGGCCUCCACAGGGAACCACUGAAUUCCACAUCAUCUACAUUCCAUCAAGUCAAACGGGCUUCUGGCAUGCACUUAAAGCCAUACCUCAAAUUACAGAAGAAAGAGCGAUCUCUAGAUAUAAGCCAAGAUUCCCUGAGAGGCCUGCAUAUGAGCCAUCAAAGGUCAGCACAGGAGGAAAAGUAUACGAACAACUGCACCAAACUGAGCAUUUUACCUACGUCCCCGGUCGUGACUUCCUCUCGAAAGCCUUUGGGAAUUAUUUACCCUGAUGCUAUGUGCAAUAUGAGCCGGAAGGCUCCAGCAGAAGGCCCAAGUGUUGAGAAGAAGGCUGCCCCGUCUGCGACAAUCCACCAGGGGGAUGAGGGGGAUGGACCGUUAGACAUCUGGGCUGUCGUGAAACCUGGGAAUACCAAGGAAAAGAUUGCCUUCUUCGCAGCCCAGCAGUGCAACAAUAGGAUGGGCUCAAUGAAACUUAAAAGCACCUGGGAUAUAGAUGGAAGAUCAGCUAAACGAAGGAAGAAAUCCGUGGAUCUUAUAAAAGCAAAGAUUCAAUUAGAAAGGAUGAGAGAGGCAAACAGGAGGUGCGCCCAGCCUGAGCCUUUUGCAUGUGGCAUUGAGCACUGUUCUGUACAUUAUGUUAAUGACAAUGGUGAAGGGAUAUUUCCAGGUCGAUCCUUAUCUGUAAUCGAGAUGGUAGCUUUUCUAGAACACAGAGCAAGUGCUUUGCUGGCCGACUGCACCAAAAACUGCACGAACGCUUCCACUACAAGGCUGAGUGGGCAAUCCAAAGGUGCACUUCCUGCUUCAGACCCUUUCUCUGCCCCGGGGGCCUGCGAGGUACAUUCUGAAAAAGGGACCUGUGGGAGUGGUGAGCAGCAGAAUGAGCCCGUGCGUGUGCUGGACAUGGUUGCAAAGCUUGAAUCUGAGUGCUUGAGGCGCCAGAGCGAGCGUGAAGCAGGGAGCCUAUCCAGGAACAACAGCUUCCGGAGGAACAUAGGGCGGAUGUUACUGGCGAAUGGCACCCAGUCCGAGUGUGACACUGGGAAGGUAUCUUCCAAAGUCCUUGUCCAGGAGGUAAGUUUAAAAGAUCCUGUUACAGUGGAUGAUGAUGGACAGAGAACAAAGCGUGGCCCUUCGGCUGCUGAUGAAUUAUGGGAAGGAGCUGCUUCUGGUCAGCAGUCCUUUCCGGCAGUAGCAGCUGUGGAUAUCCACAUGGUGAACAUCAGUGUCAAGCUUGGUCAAGAAAUCUCAGUGAGACCCGGCAGCAGAGGUGAUUCUGAAAUGAUCGUGGAACCUCUGGGGUCCAUCCCUUCUACAUGUCCAGGAGCUAUUGGGCUGUCGUCAGAUGCCAUGCAGAGCGAGAGUACGGCUGUUGAUUGUUCGGCUAGAGAACCUGUAUCUAUUCCUGAUCUGAAUUCGCAUCCAACGAGGAGAGAGUCUUUAUGCAUCAGUAUAUCAGUCACCAAGACAGAGAAGGGGUGCAGGAAAGAGCAGCCUUCUAAUAUUAGCUUUGGUGAAGAUCCACUUCCAGGGAGGCUGUUCUUUCUGCAUCCUGGUCACCACACCAAGCAAGAACACACAGGGUUAGGGGAAAGUACUAAAGAAAAGCCAGGAGAAGUGGGCCAAACUGAGGAUGCUGCUGACAAUAACAAAGUGUGUGAGAUCAGUAGUGUUUCCAUAGAGCCAUUUGCCCUUUCACUGUCUCCCAUGGAAAGUGCUUUGCAGAUACUUGACACUUCUUGUUUGAAAAGGCAGGUGUCUCAUGACUUUCUGGAGACUAGGUUUAAAAUUCAGCAGCUUUUGGAGCCGCAGCAGUAUAUGGCCUUCCUGCCCCACCACAUCAUGGUUAAGAUCUUCAGGUUGCUCCCCACUAAGAGUCUAGUCGCUCUUAAAUGUACUUGUUGUUACUUCAAAUUUAUCAUUGAAUACUACAACAUAAGGCCAGCUGAUUCCCGCUGGGUCCGUGAUCCACGGUACAAAGAAGAUCCUUGCAAGCAGUGCAAGAAGAAGUAUGUGAAAGGGGAUGUGUCAUUGUGCCGGUGGCAUCCCAAACCCUACUGUCAAGCUUUACCAUAUGGCCCAGGGUAUUGGAUGUGCUGUCACAAGUCUCAGAAAGGCAUCCCUGGGUGUAAAUUAGGUCUUCAUGACAAUCAUUGGGUUCCUGCCUGCCACAGCUUUAACCGCACUCUUCACAAGAAAACCAGAGGAGGAGCAGCAGAUGCGGAAGAGGAAUAUUAGUGCACAUACACUUUCUCUUGGGAGGAGGAAAUUUUCAUGCUCUGUGCUGUUUACAGUGUAUAUAAUUGUGUUUUCACAGGGCUAUGAAACUGCACAUACUUAAACACAAGAGCCUUUACCUGUUAGAUUACAGAUAGCUUUUAGCCCAUCAUUGUAAAUAACACUAUUAAAAACAAAUUGUACAUAUAGAGUCUACAGCUGGCUGAACAAUUUAAUCACUACAAUGCAGCUAUGAUAGUGUUGCGGCUAUAGUCUUGUGUGUUUUUAAGUGUCUCGUUUCAAAAUCUGUAUAUCCUGUAUAAUAUAUGAGCGUUUCUGAGAAGAAACUCUAAAUAGGUAAAGGUUAACUUGUUUAAAGGCUCUUCAAAUGAUUUAACUGGACAACCUUAACGUUAGACUAGACCAGAUAUUUGUUAUGGUAGCGUAGCAGUGAACAAAAGAGAGGAAUAUUAUUGUAUAGGCAGAGUAUAAAAAGGUUCUUGUCUCCCUUACCCAUGUUGUCUGGUUGUUAUUUUUUUUUUACUUUAAUAAAAUGUGCAUUCUA